AUGUCGGUGUCUGUCUGGGUCUCAUCGCCGGAUACGCGCUCUGAGCGCCGCUUUGAUCUGCAUCUGACUGUUGGGAAUCUUAAGAGCAAACUUGAACUCAUCACGGGUAUUCCUAUUGGUAACCAACGCCUCGGAAUCUACGCCGCGAAUGAAGACACAAAACCCAUCGUUGCUCUCGAAGAUGACUCUAAGCCUUUGGGGUUCUAUGGCUUGAAAGACUGGCAAUGGAUCAAGGUUGAAGACACGAACCCCUCGGUCACGUUUACCGGGCAGCUCACGGACUACUCUGGCGUGGACAAGUUCGAGCUGACAGAAGAACAGUACGCUGCGAGACAAGACUCGGUCCUAGCCUAUAAGCAACGGCAUAAAGUGGGACGCUUCGCAGAGAAGGAAGAGCCUGCGCCUAUUCCGAUUGAGCACAUCAAGAUCCCCAUUGGGGCGCGUUGCCAAGUAGAGUCAACAGAGCCGGGGUUACACAAGCGUGGCACCGUGCGUUUUGUUGGCCAGACCAAGUUUGGCUCGGGCACUGGCGUUUGGGUGGGUGUGGAGUACGACGAGCCGUUCGGAAAGAACGAUGGGAGCGUGAACGGGGAAAGGUACUUCGAGUGUAAGAUGAAGUACGGCGCGUUUGUGCGGCCGGAGAAGGUGCAGGUUGGGGACUUCCCUGUCGAGGACCUUGAUUUCGAUGAUGAGGAAGAGAUAUGA